UGGUAGGAUUUUGCGCAUGCGCGAGCUGUUAAUGGCUGAUGGAGAGAAGAUGCCCACUGCCUCCAUCCCCGUGUAGCGCAGGAGAGCUCCAGCCCGCUCCCGUUUGGCGCGCAUUGCGCAGACUGCCGUUUUUCCGCACAGCUGCAGGCCGCAGUCCGACACGAGAGGCCCGAUGUCCGUGGCUAACGCUAAACACACGGUUCUGAAUCCGGUGAUCCCAUACACUGGACCCAUACCUGGUGGCCUGCACCCCGGGGAGAUCAUCAUCGUCCAGGGCACCGUCCCCCCCGAUGCUGACAGGUUUCAGAUCGACCUGUCGAGUGGCUGCAGCACCAAACCACGCUCUGACGUCUCCCUCCACUUCAGCGCUCGCUUCAAGGGCUCGCCCUGUGUGGUGUGCAACUCCCUGCUGCAGGAGAGCUGGGGCAGAGAGGAGACGCUCCACCAGCUGCCCUACAAGCGCGGCGCCCCCUUCGAGACGAUCAUCCUGGUGCAUGAAGACGCCUUCAAGGUGGCGGUAAAUGGAGCGCACCUGCUGGAAUACAAGCACAGAAUUCCUCUGAACAGGGUUGACACCUUCUCCAUCUGUGGGAAAGUCAGGGUGAACGCUAUCGGCUACAUCCCAAACUCAGUGAGUACAUGUCUGUCUCAUAUUUCAGGUUUUUUGCCGCUCGUGUCUAAAUGUGCGUUUUCUCCCUCUCAGGCAAUAUUCUCAGAAUCAGGGGACCUGAGCCUCCCUUACAAAGGCAGCAUCCUCAAAGGUCUGAGCCCAGGACAGCACAUCACAAUCAAAGGGCAGGUCAGCAUGUAUCCUCACAGUUUUACCGUGAACCUCCGGAACAGCCGGACGGAGAACAUCGCUCUCCACCUGAACCCCCGCAUGAAGUCCAGCGUGUUCAUCAGGAACUCGUACCUGGGUGAGUCCUGGGGUCAGGAGGAGCAGGAGCUGCCCUUCUUUCCAUUCUCCUCAGGAGAAUACUUUGAGAUCCUUCUCCUCUGUCAGCCACAUCGGUUCAAGCUGGCGGUGAACGGCUCGCACCUGUUCGAGUUCAGACACCGGGUGCAGGACCUGAGCAGCAUCGACCAGCUGGAGAUCAUGGGAGACCUGGAGCUCACCGACGUCAAGCUGUGGUGACUCGCACGGAAACCGGCGUCACCGAUGCUCCUGGGUUCUGGUUAUCGUGCUAAAUUAGCUUAGCCACAGCAACCUGGGCGUGGAUGGUUCUAAGCUAGUCUGGCACGGAGGCCGUGGACGGGUCUUAAAUGAACGGUUUCCAGCUGAGACUGGAUGAUGCAUGACGGUAAGCCGUGCUGCAGCUGACUGUGGUGUCCCUGGACCGUUUCUUUUCUUGUCUCUAGUGCAUCUCUGCUGUGAUACAGCCUGUGUAACUAAACCCGGAAAUAAAUGUGAAUGUUAAGAAGCUCUCGA